ACGGAGGCGGCAGAGGACCGCAUCUCGGAGCUGCCGGAGGCGCUGCGGCUGCACGUCCUCUGCCUGCUCCCGCUCAAAUCCGCCAUCCGCACGGGCGCGCUCUCCUCCCGGUGGCGCUCCCUCUGGACGCACCGCUGGCCGGCGCCCUCCUCCCUGGACUUCCGCCUCGGCACCUACGACUCCCCGCAUCCGCUCCUCGAAACCCUGGAGCGGCGCGGGGGGCGGCGCCUCCAGCGGUUCGCCCUCUCCUUCGGCAUCGGCGAGCUCAAGCCCGAGCACUUCCGCCGCUGCCUCGGCUACGCCGUCGCCUGCGCCGUCGAGGACCUGCACGUCCACCGCGCGCACCACUUCUUCGCCCGCUUCUUCAGGUUCCGGCUUCCGCUGGGCGACCCCCACCUCGCCCGCCUCUCGUUCCGCUUCAUCAGGGUCGACCUCCCGUCGUCCUUCUCCGCCCGCUCCCACCCCUUCACCGCCCUCGAGGUCAUCCACCUCCGCUGCGUCCACAUCUCCGACGACACAGUCAGCAGCCUGGUCGCCGCGUGCCCCCUCCUCCACACCCUCGAUUUGCGCUACUGCGAAGGCCUCGACUUCGUCAGCGUCGCGGCGGCCGGGGCACACCUGAGGAGCCUCACCGUUGCAGAGUGCGGUCGGGACACCCAAGUUCUUUUCGCCGACGAGGCGUCCGGCCUGCGCUCAUUCCGCUACAGCGGCACCUACAUGUCUGCCUACAGCAUCCCGGCCACCCCCACUAUUGCUGACCUUUACAUCUGCUUCGGAGGACCUUACAGCCGGCGGCGCUUGUUAGCGCCGUCGCGGCUGCGGUUUUAUGGACAGGAGCCUCACGGUUGCAGAAACUGGCUUCAACUACUUACCAAUCUGUCCAACCUUACUGUGCUUACCCUCUGCAGCAUUGUCCUACGGAGACUGUCUGCCAAAGCUCGUGCCAGAUUAGUUGCCACAGGCGCUGCACGGCCAUGUAAAUUGCUGAAUUUGAGAGAGCUUCAGCUACUGAUGUUUGAAGUGGAGAUCAACAACAUGAACGACAUUUACUCUUUCCUCGUGGCGUGCUGUGGCCCUCGGUUGGAGAGGCUAUUUGUGCAGCUUCCGACAAUCAAUUAUCCAUAUGAGCCAGAGGAUGAACCAUCAGGAUCAGAAUCAGAGGAAAACGGGCCAACGGAAGAGCUAUCGUACCAAGAGGCACAGGGGGAAGAUGAGCUGGAUGAAGACUUUUCAGAAGGAGAAGCACUGGAGAAAGAUAGGCUAGAGGAAGAGCUGGCAGAGGCAGAUGCUCUGGAGGAAGAUGAGCUAGAGGAAGAGUUGCUAGAGGGAAAUGAGCUAGAGGAAGAGUUGUCAGGGGGAGAGCCACCUGAGGAAAAGCAAUCAGAGAAACAGGAGUUAGAAGGGUCAAUGGAAGAGCUAUCUGAUAGAGGGCAAUCAGAGGAAGAGACACUUAAGCACGACGAUGUCUUUGAGAACCUCAUGCUGCUCAAAAUGAUGAAUUUCAUGGGACGCGACAAUGAGAUGCAGCUAGUAAGCCUUGUGUUGAAGAAGGCUACUAGUCUCAAGCAACUGAUACUAUUUACUCCCAAGAUUAAUCACCCAGAAGAGCUCCAGAAGGAUCAUACGAAUACUUCCAGUUUGCUUGAAAGAAAACUAUUUUCUCUCAGAAAGGCCUCACCAAAUGCUCAGAUAGUUCUCAGCGAGCCUGAUGAUAGUGCAAUCCAGCCGUUGCACGAGGCUUUUGUCAAUGAUUUUCUUGUUGUGGAGUUAUGAUCGGAUAAUGUGAAAUAUCAGAAACUAGCAAUCAUUAGGUAAGACAAACAACAAGCUAAUCUUCAAGGUAGUCUGGAUGAUGUGUGCUGUAGUCCAUGAAGGAUCAUGGAGUAUGUUGUCUGGGCCUUAUAUUUUGUAGCUUAGCUCCUUAAGACUAUCAAAAAUAUCAUAUGAUUACCCAGUGUCCACAUUAACCUGGUGCUUUGUUGGUGGAGAAGAAAGUCCUGCUAAAACACUAUAGAAGGUGCUAUGCUCUAGCUUUGUGCCCCUUAAUUUGCAUUUAGUACAGCUGUACAUUAAUCAGUUGGUACACCAACGAAUGUUGCAAUUUUAUUUAUUUUUCAGUUUUCCUUA